AUGACAGCCAAAGGUACUGGGGUCUGGGUCGGUAAAGCAGCACUGCAGGUCAGAAAAGUGGGCAUGGGAAGAGCUGUUCUUGACGCUCAACAGAGAAAGAAGUAUUGGACAGGGGUAUGUAAGCGAGACGCUGACAUUUCUGCUAAAAUGAACUUUUUGGGAAAGUCUGAUGAAGGACUGUUUGUGUUCUUACGAUCUUGUGCCAAUGCAACAACCCCCUUUAAAUUGAGCGAAGCAAGGGAAAAAAAGUGUUUGAGUAACUGUUGCUAUAGUAAUUGCUAAGAUAUCAAAAACAUUAUUAGGUAAGUAAGCGAAAACUUCUUGUUUGUGUGCAAAUGAACUCUAGCAGGUUGAUACUAAUACCAGCUCAAUAGCCUUCAGCAAUGCUGGUUAUAUAUAAUAUCUUCUCCCAAAAGGUAGGAAGCCAAACCACAAUGUAUAUUAGAAUAAUUCAACGGAUUGAAAACAAUAAGACGUAAAUAUGCCUCAUGUAUCAGACUGCGACACUUCGAAAGUUACUGGAAACAAUACAUACAUAGAAACCAUCAUUGCAGAGCAAAAUAUAGGUGGUGUCAGUUCAUCAGAAUUAGGCGAGAUGUUCAUCGCUUCCAUCCAGGCUAGGCAACCAUCUCAUUUGCCAAAAGAAAAAGCGACAGGAACGGAACAGGACCGAUGUUACUCCGAUUGGUCCCACAAAGAGGAGAUGAAAGAUAAAUCAAAAUAUUGA